AGCAAGUAAGAAGCCCCCAAAAGAUCUCCGUCACCAUGUGGAAUCUAAUGGCGGUUUUACCAGUAAUCCUACUAGUUUUUCAAGGACUUCCAGUCCCGUCCAGCUCCGAUCCAGUGUGGGGCUUAGAGUUUCUCACGAAUCUAAACGAUGUUGUGACAAAAAAGAUCAAAAGGUCGAUGGAGGAGCUUGAAGAUUCCAGCAUUUUAAAGGCUAAGGAAAGCUACCUGAGUCUCAAGGAGGCUGCCGAGCUGCCAUUCCUCCAGCUGGAUGAAAAAAUCAUGGCUUACAACAACUACGAGAAGGUCUAUGGUGUUCGGCAGAACCCAGAGCUGGAAUCAGACGCCGACAGCACCACCGAGUUGACAGAAAAGUUUCCUGUGCAGAAACGCACAAUAUUUACAUUACUAUUCGAGACGACCAUUUUUGCGAUCUUCUCGGGACUGGGUUUAUUCGGUAGUUUAGCCAGUCGCGUUUGGAAUGCCCUACUCUGUGAUAGGGUAAAGGCAAAUAAGCUCAAAAAGAAGAUUGAAGCAUUGUGCUGUUCACUCUCAAAGUUUAAGUGUAGGAGACCAUCGCAUAACAAGAAAAAGGAUAAAGAUUGCGAGGAAAUACAAGCUAUAAUUACAGAUAUAUAUAAAGACUAAUUAAACUUGA